UUUCUACUAGCAUUUGUAUGGGAAUUGCCAAUAACUUGCCAGUACGGGGCUUGCCUUUAAUAGCUCUACUAGGCAGGUGCGGUGGCAGGUGCAGGUGAAGUAUUUUUUUCGAGAAAAGAACGACUGUAAGAGAGAGAUGUGGGAGGUGAGUACGAUACAUACGUUCUAUGCUGUAGUACGUACAUAAUAUGUAUUUCCGUAUUUCCUGUUCCUGUGAAUGAAUUUGUGGAAUAGAGCAUACGUACUUACUAAUUUUACGUAGUAAAAGUAAUGAUCGCCAUCGCCAAAACGACUAUUUUGGCAGCUGUCAAUCAGCUGCCGUACUUAUUUAAGGGAAGAAAACAAAAGUACGUCAUUGUUCGAACGUUAAAAAAUUCCGCGAAGUCAAGGGUGCAGCAAAAUCCCAAGCACCGAAGAAGACACUAAAGAACAAUGUAACCUGCCAUCGCCAACUGUACCGGUAAAAUACUCGAGAGCUGUGAAGCAAUAACAAAAGAAAAUUUGACGGCCUCAAUAGAUACGAUUCAUUCAAUACCGAGACCAGUCAAACAAUCAGGACCUCAAGUGAAUAAUUUGCAAGAAUAAUAAUAGAGUAUGAAGAUGGUUUCUUUUCAAGCCACUGAAUUUCUAGCAGUGGUAUUGACUUUUCAAUUCUUGACAGUCGAUCCUCUUUCUGCAAAGCAUCCAAUUGUGCGUCAUCAUGGCUUGGAGUUGAGUUUGCAUUCCUCUAUCUCUUUCUGUCAUCUACGACCGUAUAGUAGUCAAAAUCGCCAACGGAUAGGUGGGCUUUCGGCAAGAAAGAACCACAGAAGUGAAGAGAAGUCAGAACGAUUCUACGAAUUGAUUUCCGUUGAAGAUGCCGACAAAAUGUUAAUGCAAGAACGCCUUCUGCACAACAGGGAGCUUCGGAAGUUAAAAGAUAUGGUAGAGAUCCAACGCAAACAGAUCUAUGAACUAGAUUCCCGUGCACAACUUCCAGGCGUUGACGAUGGAUUCGUUGACGACGAUGAUAGCAUCCGGGGCAACACCAUCGAGAACGAUCCCAUCGAUGACUUGAAUGAUGGUGAUUUUUUUCAUUCCUCUUCGACCACGAUUGAUGAAGAAGAAUACAAGCACCACCACCAGAACGCUCAUAGUGCUGCCCAACGCAGGACUCUCGAGAUCGAACUCCGUCAGGUGGAAGAAGAGAAUGAAGAACUAGAGAACGAAUUCAAGACUCAGCGACAGUCGCACGAAACAGAUAUUGAAGAAUUUCGACGAACGAUUUACGACUUGCGGGACAGAUCUGACUGCAUUCAGCAAGAACUAAAACUGGAAUUCACAUAUUUCGAGAGGGCAAAAGUGGAACUGGAAGAUGUGUUGAGUGAAGAGCAGGCAAAAACCAGGGAAUUGGAACAGCGCUUGUUACUGGCACGUCGCGAACAAGAAAUUCUAGAAGAAGCUUCUAUCGAGGCACAGCGCCAGCAGGAGGAAAUCCAAAAUCGAGAAGAACAAGAACGCCACCAACGAAUACUGGAACUGGAACAGGAAGAGCGACACCGAGCUCACCUGCAGCGUGAGCGAGAGGAGCAACUCCGCCGGGAACACCAAGAAUUGGAAGAGCUUGACCAAAACCAGGCAGAAUUUGACAAGGCGUAUUAUGAUUUUUUAAAUGCUAAUAAUGCCGGUCGAGGCACAGAGGAUCACCAUUUUUCAAAUCAGCAACAAAAUCAAGUUGUCGGAGGUGAUGGAAGUGGAAAAAGACCACAAGAAUAUCAAUAUUCAGUCGGAACCACUCAAGCACAACCUUCACAGUCAGCACAAUACACGCCGUAUGAUACGGGCCAUCGGCAAGCGGCCGACACAUUUGUAGGAGCACAAGCGACUGGUCCUCCACGAGCGAAACGAACGGGUAGAAAGAAUGCAGAUGCUCACGGUAUCUUCAUGAAUUUCAAUGAUAUUUUAAUGUAAAAUAAAUGGGGCGGACAGGGCGGUCUUUAUUACAUUCAUUGGUCGAGUCGAAUCCAUUGAAGGUGGACACUAUUUUCUUUUAGUGCUUCUACUAGAAGCCUAAAAAUUGUUCUGUCCUAAAUUCAAUACUAAGACAGGUAGAAAAUUUUCGAAGGCUCUUUGACCUUCCACCACCAACAAAUCAGAGCCAACACUAACUAUGACAAAACUCGAGACUUUUUUAAUCAGCGCACAACAAAAGUCACUUCUUACAAUUAUAUCUAUUCUUAUACUAUGUAGCGAGAGAUUUCGAGCCAACUCACUUUGAGUACGUGAUCUAUUCCUUAAAUUUAUGAAUUUAUGUGUAUGGUGUUCAGUGAAUUACUUCUUGCUCAGUUCGUCUCAAAAAUGUCCUACAGAGAGAUCAUGUAUAUUCUAACGAAAUCAAAACUCUAAAUGAUUUCUCUUUCUUGUUUUUCCUUUUCCAUCAAUUCAUCCAGACUCCUUUGAAUAGCCCAAGCGGCCGCAUCCGCUGCAGCUUUAUCAGGAUCAACUAUUGCACCAUCAAAAUCGUAUCCACUAUUCCGGAUAAUGCCAUCCCUACCGCCCGCAGUCAUCGAAUUGAUUGCAUGUAAUUCUCGGGAUUGUUCUGUUCCAAUGGCGUUUUCGUUUGUAAUUAUGGCGUCUUCGCCUUUCUCACGGAAACGCGUGUUCCUCCUGGCAAACUUUUGAGAUUCUACCCGUGCUUUCCUUGCCACGUUCCUUUCUUUCAUUGUCCGGAGUGUUUCCAAGAGUUCUUCCUCUUUUCCUUUGAACUGCGACAUCAUUUCAUCAACGUUGUCCACCUCCUCAGGGACGACAUCUCGAACCAUUUGUGUCACCAGAUCCCUAAUCUCUUGCAGCCGUUCUUUUUGGGAAGCAGUGGUUGUUAGUGAUCGACCCAUACUAUUACUACGAUCAGCAGAAGAAUAAUCCAUGUUCGAUGCAAAGCUGUCGUUCGCAUGCGAUCCCUCGCUUUCGGAACCCUGCGUACUUGUUCUCGAUCGACUGACGUCUUCUCUCGCUGCUUCUCCUUCAGCACCAAACUUGGCGGCUGUGACUACAACAGCUUCCCAAUCUCCUGCUUCGAUCAACUUGUCUAGUUCGUUUGCCUUCUCAGUGUAAUCCGAUGUUGAAAUCGGUGACGACGGAGACAAUGGCUUUUGCUUCGCGCGACGUGAUAUUGGAGAUUGAUCGACUGGGGUAGAACUUCGUGCAAUAGCAGCUGCGGUGGCUUCGACGGCAGCCCAAUCUCCUUUUGCGAUAGCUACAUCCAACUCGCCGAUAGGUCGAAUCUGUUUCCUCAUUCCUGCAUUGUGACUACUGUCGGUAGAUGAGGCUACACCAAUCGAUGGAAGAUAUGCUUUCUGGGAACUUCUAUCGACACCUCCCGGGCUAAGAUUACUGCUGUAAGAAUCAACUGUUUCUUUUCUUACCUCGUCGGAACGGAUGAUAGUGUUCACAGCUGCCCUUUGCUGUGGCGAUGUUGCAAUUGCUGGGCUGGAGUUCGUUAAAUUCUCCGACUCAGAACUCUUUGCGGGGAGGAGCCCAAAGCGGGCAUUUCUAGUUACGUUCAGCAAGUGUUCACCAAUAGAGAUAUCACUAUUAUCAUCCUCGCACAUCACAUAUUCGUUAUCGUCGUCGUAUUUGUCAUCGUAGGUGUCGACCUGGUCAUCAUUAUUGAAUGAUGUGUGAACUUUGCCACUCGUGGCAUCAGCCGAGGUCACGACUGAAUUAUGUACAUUCUUCUCUUCUUGAUGGUUGUAUUCCAUGGGUGGCAAUUCGACCUUGUUAUAGAUAUUUCGUUUCUCUUCAGACGCUGUCGUUGAUUCGGCAUGGAUGCCAUCACCCGGGCUGUAGUCCCCAGAGUUUACGGUAUUAAGGGAUAUCAAUGCUUCGUGUGACUUUCUCUUGGUAUGAGAGGAUACAGUUGAUUCUGUCCCUGCUGUCCGCAUUGUUCUACCCGUGUAAGCCUCUUCUAAGUCAUAGCCAUUGUCAUCAACUUCGAUCAAGGAAACAUUUUGUAACAACCUCUGUCCACUUUCAUCACCAUGAUCAUUGGUAGGCUGUCUUCUAUUACUGGAAUCUUUCUUGAUCUUCUUGGUCACAACAGAACCAGAUCCACUUUUUAUUUCUCGGCGCCUUCUUCUUGACACCGCAAGAAAAGCGACCAACAACA